GGUUUUGUGGUGGCAAGUGGGAACUUUCCUUAGAUAACUCGCAAAAUUUACUACCUCUCGGCCUGCUUCGUUCCUCUUGGGUGUUUGGCUGUGCUCAGUGUAUCUGGGUGAUCUCACGUGUCCAGAGUGUUUUCCAACUAUGGAGAACGACCAAAUGCUCCACUAUGGCUGGCUCAUCAAAUCUCCGCCCUUGGAACAAACGGGCCAUCGACAACCCAGCUUCCUGAAAGCCAGAUGGAGAAGACGAUGGUUCGUGCUUCAAGCGGGUCAGUUUCAGGGACAGUACGUGCUCAAUUACUACACGGAUGAAAGUCUUCGAAAACUGAAAGGAACGAUUUGUUUAGACGAAUGUGAACAAGUCGAUGUUGGACUCACUGUAGAAAACGGCAAACAAAGAUACGAGCACAUGUUUGACAUCAAAACCCCUCAACGGAUAUUUUACUUGGCGGCGGACACUUUCGAAGAAAUGAGCAAUUGGGCCAAGAUCGUAUGUGAAGCGUGCGGGUUGAGAGCCACCUCCGAGGAUGAAAAUACUGAAGCCGAUGCUGGAUUUUCCAUAGCCGACUUGAAUGCCACCCACGCUCCCCGAACCGUAGCCACGGGGUCCUCGGGGCCGGUUUCGAACCCCUUGAUCUCCAGUCCGUACAUCCACAUAUCCACGUGUCAUAGUGGAGGUCUUCCCAAGCACUUGCAAACCCAUUCCUCACCGGGUGGCAAUCAGAUCCCUUCACCGCCGACCAAUGUGUCGGGGUCGGAGAUGGGGGAUGAUUCGGUCUUCUUUCCUUCCACAGGCGAAAACCAUCCUCCCUUGUCACCCAAUGGCUUAAGUGACCGACUUCAGAACGCCCUUCUACCCCCAAGUCGUCCUCCUAAGCCCGCCCAUCUACUCAACCGCCCCAUUCCCAACGCCAAUCCACAAGCACUCGGGCCAGUUUCCCAUGGCAAUUAUGCGAACUCCAAUGAUAUGAAAGUGCUCUAUCAGACAGAAAUGGCGCAGGCGGCCCAUAACAAUGCGAGCUCCAACCACAAAGGCACAGCGACUCGUAUUCGAGAACGUUUCAUGAGUGGACCCACGGGAUCCGUGGAAGCUAAUAAUAACUAUAAUGGGGAGCAAUCCAAGGCCAGUCCAUCUGUUUUGAGGGAUAUGAAGCCGGGAAGAGAUGCAUUUGGCAAAUCGGCCACGGUGGAUCCCAAACGAAUGGGAGGAUUGGCCGCCCUAGGGUCGAACCAAAAAUCGAAGAGGUCUGGGAAAUCCAGUCACAGUCCCGGACCUCCCUUGGGAUUUGCAACUCUCAAUCCGAAUACCUCAUUCAGACGAGCACCCCCAGUUCAGCGUGCGCUCAAGCCUCCGAACGCAGUUGCCUCUGAGAUGAACUUGAUGACAUCCGGGUCCAAUCAUCAACUCCACCAUAAUAAUCUUCCCCAUCAUCCGGCUCCAAUUCAUGGUCGAAGUCAAAGCACCAGUGGAACAAAUCGGUUCGAUUCGUCUCGUCACCAUCACCACCACCAUCAUAACCACCAAAACCACGCCCACCACUCCCAAUCCAAGACUCUACAACGUCACUUUAACUCGACGGCAGACGAUUCAUCCGAUGAGGCAAGCAUCUCCGAGGAACACAUGGACCAAAGGUUCACUUUCGAUGACACAUUCCACGCACCUCUUCGUCCCAAGGAUGACAACGAAGAAGAACAAAUCUACUUCUAUUUGCCGUCAUUCGAGUCUCAAGCCAGUUAUGGCGGUCAGAAACUAACCAUGAUCCCAGCAGAACAAUACGAGCGAAGUCCAGUGGCCUACAUUGAUCUGGACCUGCCUUCAACGGAUGAGACGGAUUCCUCCCGACUUCAUGGGGAUUCCGUAUCGAUGUCAGGCAUGUCUAGAUCGGGAUUUUCGCCACAAUUUCCAAUGAGCGGGGAUCCUUUGCAAUCAAGCUCGAACUCUACCGCCUACAAAAGCAUUGAUUUUAUGAAGACAGAGGCGUUCAAUCGUACCCGCCAUAUUCGGGAAGAGAAAUAUGCCUUGGAACAGGAGCACCAAGCAUCUUGAUGACAGGGAAAGGAAUGUUCGCCUCUCUCCCGUGGUACAUAUUGGAUGGAAUCUUUAUCGCCGACGAUUCGAGCAUCCUCAAGUCCUGCGAGGUCGUGGAUGAAGCGAAUAUUGAAGCGUAUGGAACGAGACUAGUUUUUAUCUACAUUGAAGAAACCGCGACCGUUCUUUGCCAAGAAAAGAUGAGCAUUUUCUUACUUUACUAUUAACCCGCGGAGGCAAUGGCGUGUAAGGGCCCAUGCACUUUCAUCCACUGUGAUAUUUAACGAUUUACUCUUUUUUUACGCAAAAUACAAAUCCUUUACAUUGA